AUGUGGUUCAACACCAGCUUUCACAAUCUUCGUCGUUUACGCUCCAACAUCGACGUGAAGAGAGGGAUUCGUCAGGGUGACGCAAUUUCACCCAAAAUAUUCAGUGCAACUCUCGAAAACGUGAUGCGAGGAUUGGAAUAUGAUGACAUGGGAGUGAAAGUUGACGGCCGGCAUUUACACCAUCUUCGUUUCGCUGAUGACAUCGUUCUUACAACAUCAAGCAUCAAUCAGGCGGAACGGGUGCUUGCCGAAUUUUAUGAAACCAGUAAAAAGAUCGGUCUUCAACUGAACCUAGACAAGACGGUGUUUGUGAGGAACGGAUAG